UGGAACACUAGGCUCUACGGCAAUUUAGAACCCGAACAUCUGAAAUUCCCGCAAUCUUCAGAUAAUAUUCCUGACGGCUUCGACGAGAAUCGUCAGCAUGGAAGAUCAGUUAUCAUUUACAAGAAUAGGAUGUCAGGCCUAUGGGGUGCUGGUGGACCCUUGGAGGAGUUCCUCACCAAUCGGGGAAUAACUACGCUCUUCUUUGCGGCUACAUUAUCGGACGCACAUUCCAAAGGAUUCGAUUGCAUCCUGCUCACAGAUGUUUGUGGAACAGCCUCAGCCCAAAACUCUAUCGAUGCGACGAUCUCUAAUACAGAACAGAUGUGGGGUUUCAUCAGUAGUACAGAGAAGCUUAUUGGGUCCAAAGAGGCGCAGCCUCGGCCAAUAGAGGAACCGCCCCAGGCUGCCGAGUAGGACUGGGGAAUAGUAGGCUGUUGAUGAUAGUAUAACCUCAUGCCGUCCCUCAUUCUGCCAAACACGAAGCAAACUAAUUCAGUGAGAAUGUAUCAGAAUAAAUUUGCGAAUACAUGCCCUCCCAAUGGCAUAGUGGAUGUG